UGCUCCUACUGAUCUCUCCUCUCUCCGCUCUCCUCUCCGUGGUAAUAUUAUUAUGAGGUCACUUUGGAUCAGAUCUCGGGGUGGCGUUCUUGAUCGUGUCGAACGAUGAUGGCCGUCGAUCUGGUGGGCCGUGGAAAGAUGGACGACCUGGUGGCGCUCCAGGAGGCGACCGCCGCCGGGGUCCGCAGCUUGGAGCACCUCGUCUUCCGGCUCUCCCACCUCCCGUCGUCGCCGUCAGAUUGCAGCGAAAUCGCUGAUACGACGAUCUCCAAGUUCAAGCAGGUGAUCUCCGUCCUCGACCGCACCGGGCACGCCCGCUUCCGCCGCGGACCGGCUCCCGCCACCGACGGAAGGCUGAGUCUACUCCCGGAACCGCCGAAGCCGCGUCCGCCGACGGCGCCGAGGGCCAUAACCCUGGACUUUACCAGGCAGGGGGGCGACCUUCCUGGGACGUCCCUGAAGCUCGGUUUCGGCGCCUCGGCCACGACGUCGUCCGCGAAUUCCUCCUUCCUCUCCUCGCUCACCGGCGACGGCAGCGUCACCAACGGCAGGGUGGGGCCCUCCGUCGGGAAGCCCCCCCUCUCGUCGUCGUUCCACAAGAAGAGAUGCCCCGGCUCCGGCGUUGCCGCGAGAAAGAACGCCGGCGCCGACGGCCUCUGCCACUGCUCCUCCAAGAAGAAGAGAUCGCGGGCGAAGAGGACGAUACGCUUGGCGGCGAUAAGCUCGAGGGACGCUGACAUACCGCCGGAUGAGCACUCGUGGCGGAAGUACGGCCAGAAGCCAAUCAAGGGCUCCCCUCACCCCAGGGGCUACUACAAGUGCAGCAGCGUGCGGGGGUGCCCGGCGAGGAAGCACGUGGAGCGGGCGGCCGACGACCCCUCGGUGCUCAUCGUGACCUACGAGGGGGAGCACCGGCACACCCCCAACCCUGCGCCGCCCGCGUCCACGGAGGCCAUCAUCGUCGGCCGCCCACGUGCUUGAUUCCUUUCUUUCCUUGGUGUCAGCGUUAGCCUGUAAAAAACGAUUCACGAGGAAGGAAGAUUGAAGAAGAGAAGAGAAAGAAUUCGAGAAACUUGAAUUUUGACUUGCGUGGUGGGGGUGGAAAACAUGUUGUCGCUUUGGAGCUGUGAAUUAACGAGCUGGGUUUGAUGCAGAAGACUUCAACGUUGCGUCGAAAGACAUGGUUGGGUGGAGCUUCCUUGGAUCUGUAACGUGCAAUGGCUCGAGUGGUCCUUGUUCGUCGGCGGCUCCGCUCCCACUUCUCGACUCCUUUUUGUCUGGUUGACCUCCAUCACCUUGCACUCGAGGAGGAUGUAUUUGUUAAUACAUUCUGAUAAUUUUUGGGGAUUGAAAUUUCGACUCCUUGUUUAAUGUAUAAAAAUAUAAGGAACUCCAAGCUAAGAUCAACAAUCUUGUACGUCUUCCACUGUUGUUCCAAUAAUUGCUAGAUAUUUUUAUUUUAUAAAAAAAACAUGAUGGGUCCUGAAAUGUAUCUCAUUAUUCGCCCUAAAAAUAAAGGUGGAUGGAUUAGGGAUU